AUGCCGGGAGCUGGGGCCAAGGCCUCAUCGAGUAUUGCCAACCCUCCUACGGCUCCUGCCGGGCCCUGUUUGUCCCAACAAUACGACGUUCCUUUUCACGUCGUUUCUACUCAGGAGGAUGUCAAGCGAUACCUGUCGCUGCUCGGUCUCACGGUAUUCGAGAAUAUUGUUCAGGAGACCUUUCCGAAGCUCACCCUCGAAUUUUUUAGCACGGUGGCCAUGCACGAUAAUGGGAAGUACCUUACUGCUCUGCUAAAAGGGAAGGAAUGUAAGGUCACUGAUGCGAUACUGAACGGGCUCUUCGAGUUUGGCACUGAGGAGGCAGCACGGUACAGCCCGAUGGGGUGGAAGGCUGAUCCUUAUUGGCCCCUGAUUUCCCCUUGCACGUCAUUCAAGAAAACGGGGAAUUCCUCGAGAUGUAUCACCGAUGCUGCCUUGGGGAUAGUGCACAAAUACCUCUGCCACAUGAUUUUUGGGAAACGGGAGUCAAACAAGGUAAGCGAGCAGCAAGUAUUUAUUCUGUGGUCCAUCGCUCAAGGGAAACCCGUGUCCAUGCUCCAAUACCUCCAGAACGCCCUUUUUGAUAUCCGACAUGAUACCCGGCGUGGCCCGAACUUGGGACACAUUGUUACGUGCAUAGCAAAGUAUUUCAAGGUCCAGAUUGACAAACCUGCUCUCGAGUCCGAGUUUAAUACCGAGAGGGACCUUUCCAGUGCCGGGUUUAUCUAUGACCGUUUUCACAUUCGGCCGGUGCACGAGAGGAAGAGCUAUAAGAAUUAUCUGGAGGACCUACUGAAGAGGGGUCCUGCUUCCGAGCCUUCCCACACUGCCGUCGGUCCAUCAGGCGCGGGUACGUCGUUCGUUCCCCCUCUGCCGGCACGUCAGGCCGACACCGGUGUUGACACCGGGGAUGACUACGUACCCGCGCCUGAUGGACCGACGGCAGUGUGGGAAGGCUCGGAAGCAGGACCCCUCUUCUAUAAACCCGGCACUGGAAAGGUCCCUCUCGGUAAUAAACUCGGACUCAAGAGCAGGUUCGUCAAUCUGAACCUUGAAAUACUUUGCUAUGCACGUAACAAUGUGUCCCAAGUUCGGGCCACGCCGGGUAUCAUGUCGGGUAUCAAAAAGGGCGUUCUUGAGGUAUUGGAGCAUGGACACGGGUUUCCCUUGAGCGAUGGACCACAGAAUAAAUACUUGCUGCUCGCUUACCUUGUUUGA